CCGGCUGCGGGACACCCUCUGCAUGCCGAUGAUGGGAACUUUUCAAACCAGGAUCCCAGGAAACAAGAGCCCUUUCAACUCCAACAGCAAGCGCUGGAGCCCAGGCCAGGUCGGUGUAACGUCGAUUUAAAGUUUACACUCUGUCCUCAGUUAAAUGUUUGAGGAGCAAAUGAACUGCAUUACAUCCUGAGAACAUAAUCGGUGUUUUUAACAGUUCUUUUUAUAUAUUCAUGCUUCAUCUUUCUUCCCCAAAAGGCUGCAAGUACCAUAUUAUAGACUAAGAAACCUUUAUUGAGCUGGCUUAGACCAUCUGUAUGAGGAUUUUCUCACAAAUCUGCAGAUUUGCUCAUGAGCAAUAAGUGAUGUUGGAUCUUCCUGCUGCCAACUCAUGAGUAAGGUGUCUCCAUCUGUCUCCUUUUAGUGCAUCGCCACCACCAGGCACAAAUUUGAUCAUUUCGUGUGCACAUUAUUUACAACAUUAUGACAGUAUUAACAUGUUAAAGUGUUCUGGGAUUUGGCCAAAAAGCAUGUCAAACACAUGCUUGGAAUACAGCUCAGACAGCUCUCGAUAUCAGCUCAGUCUAGAUUAUAAUUCCAUGCAAAUCAUCUGCUGGCGCUACAGCAGGCUCAUUCUUCUUUUUAACUUCUUCAAUUUGUCUCCAGCUGAGCUGUUUUAAUUCACGACAUUUAAGGGAGAAUCUCAUUCGGAAGCUCGUCUGUUCUUCUCCCUCGCUCGCAGACACGCUUGAGCUUUUCGUGACAGACUUUCUGCUUCCAGAGGAGCUGAAAGAGGGAUUUGUGACCUCGCUCUUAUCAACUGAUUUCAUGACUUAUUCAUGCUGAUGUAGGAGUGCAUUACCAUCACAUGAUCCCCCGGUCUGUGUUGUUGACUACAACACUUGGAAAUGUACCCAAGCAUGCUGUCGUCUCUGGCCAUCCCUCCCCCCAUCUGCAGGCCUGCAGCUGAGUCCUGACAAAACCACGUCCUCUUAGCUUCCCUGUCCCUUCAGUUCCAAGUAAACUCCCAGGGGGAACAAAUGCCCACUUUCCACUUGAGUUAAAAACAAAACACCCCCCCCCACCCCCACAAAUACAGAUGGCCUCUUCACCCACACUGAGAUUAACGUCUUCAUUGUUGUUCCCUUCAGAACGAGCAGAUCGGCAGACUUAACGAUUUACUCAUUCGGCCUCGGGGAACAUUGUAAUUAUUUGACAAGCAUGACCAUUUUAGGACAUCAGCCCCUACUUCACUAACCAACCCCCAACCUCCAAUGUGAUUUUUUUUAAUGACUUAAACCUUUCUUCGGUUUGAUAUUGCUGACUUAUGCUUGUUGUACCCCACAUAUUAAAAAGGUUUAAUUGUGUUGUCGUCCAUCAGUGGAAUAUGUGGCCCAAUUCCAACACAUACAGACAAAUGUGGGGGAGGGUGGGGGGGGGGCACAAGAGAUAAGUCCCUGUGGGACCAUCUGUCUGGUCUGAAAACUGACCAGUCAACAUGUUUGCGUUCCUUCCUGUGGAUCUCUGAUCGUUGUUGUCAUGUCUGAUAAAAAGAAAAAGGUGAUAAUGUGGUGAUGCGUGUCAGCAUUUAGCCACAGACAGAGUUUUCAGUCAUUAUCGCCCACUUUAAUAUUUCACUUCAAAUCUGCACAUAUUUAUAAAGUAAAGCUUUGUGGAAUUCUUUAUUACUUUUCCGCGGAGGAUGAUAACACCAUUCCAGCCACAUUGUACACACAAUAUGGAAUCCAUUUCUCAUCUGCACUCACUGACCUCAGACGGCCCACUUCAUAAACCUGGUUGAGUUCGCCAAAUGGGGAGAUUAUAGUAAUCUGGCACGAAGCACCUCCACUACAGAUUUAGUGACCCCCUUCUGUUAUGCUUGGCCACUAAGGUGGAACACACAUGAAGCGGAGGCUGCCUCUCCCAACACAAGCCUCCUCGUGUCCAUCUGCACUGGUGUUCUACCUUCAGCUUGAAGGUCCAGGUGAAUGAUGUGCUGAGUCGUCAGUACCUGAGCCAGGCAGUGGUGGAGGUCUACGUCAACUACACCAAGACCAAAACAGCUCUUUCUGGGGAGGAUGGUGGGGUCUUGCUUCACAUGCCUUACCACACUGGGAUGCUUCUCACAGUUGUUGCCUGCCAUGACGGCUACAUUUGCACACUGCUGCCUUGUAAAACCGACAAAAUGCCAAUAUUUUCAUCAGUGACAUUAUCACUUCAGGGUGUGAAUCAAGGGAACAUCUGGCUUUUUGAGGAUUCUGUCCUGAUCACUGGGAGAACAUCUGAUGCUUCAUCCCAGCCUGUGGUCAGUUUUCCUAAAACCCUGCUGAACCUGACACACAGCAGUAAUAUCACCUCUGUUAAAGCCUUCCUGACCAUUCCCAGGCUGACGUCAGAGCAGGGGGGCUUCCUGGCCACUCGAGGCAUCAUGAGCAAUAAAUCUGGAUACGUCAGUGUGGAGUUAAGCCCGGUGGCAGCUGUCAGCGUGCAGCUUUUCUCAGGAGACACGGAGUUACAUGUGACUGGGCCUGUGCAGAUGAACCUCAACAUUCCCGACAGCUUUGGACUUCAGUCUUCGAGUGUUAUUCCAGCCUGGUUCUUUAACCAGACCACUGGGGCAUGGAUGAGAAAAGGAUUAGGAAAGGUGACAUCAGUAGAUGGAAGUCUUGUGUGGACUUUCACAGCUCCUCAUCUCGGCUACUGGAUCGCAGCACCUGUGUCAUCUAACAGAGGUUUCUUUGAACUUGCCAUUCCCAUUGACUUCAUCAUACGGCAUUCCUUUUUCCUGAUGGUUCUCUUUGGAGGGACACUCGUUAUUAUCAUCUCUCUUCUGGUUGGGUUAUGUUAUUGCAGGUGUUCCUCUGGUGAAACUAAAGCAGCAAAGAUCCUACCAGUGACAACAAAAGACCAAAAAACUUCAACAUGUGAUGAUGAUCUCUUUGAAGGGAAAGCUUCUCAUUCACAGGACCAGCAACCUGAAGAAAAGAGGGACAGUAGACACAAUGCUUCUUUCAUAGCCAACACCAGUGCUGUGGCCAUUAUGCUGGAGAAUGAUAUGAACACGGACCUGAACGAUUUGACGUGUUCACACAAGACUUCAGAACAAAGAGUUUCUGUAUCUCUGACAGAUAAUUUGUUUUUCUACAACCAGCCUGUUGCAAUUCUUCACACUCCAGCUUUCUUCCAUUUAGAGGAGCAACCAGAGCAGGCCCAGUGGAGCAAGUCAGCCACCCUGCCCCGUGCAGGGGCUUCAAAUGGUGCUGCCACAGAGCCUUUGAGUAAUGAAAACUUCACCCAGACACAGACAAAAGGUUCGCCUGAGACCCAGAACCAGGCAGCAGAAACUGAAGACAAGCUUGGAGCUUCAGGUGGCUCCCAGACAGCAACCUCCACCAACACAUCCAGGCUCCCAGAGUCAGUGUCAGUGCCCGGGACGUUACAUAAAAUCUUGGACAGCAGGCACUCUGUGCACGGACAAUCCAAUAUCUCCUCACUUCAGCCUCCUCGGGCCUGGUUUGUCUCACUGGAGGGCAAGCCUGCAGCUGAGAUCCAUUACGCUGUGUCAGAGCAACAGAGGAGACGGAGACCAGUCGAGAGUCGAGAGACCAGUUUAGACUCUGGGGUGGACAUGAGUGAACUGAACCAGACGUCUGGCAGGAGGGCGGUAACGCUGGAGCGAAACGCUACUUUUGUCAAAAGCGCAUCGAGCAGUAAACAUAAGUCUGCACAGUGACUCAUCUCUAACAGCCUUAUUACCCAUAUCGCUCCAAGUUUGUUAAUGAACAGCAUCACGUUUGUAUCACAGGGGAAUUAUGUAUGUUAUUCAUGAGAUUCAGUGCAUUUCUGCCAUAAGACCUCAUAAUGUCUGCAUUUCAGCUACUGUACAUCUAGAAGAGUCCACAUUUCACAACAGAGCGUAUGGACUUGGUGAUCGUUCGCUGUGGAUGUAACAAUACAUGUGCUUUUAACAGCUUCUAACAUGUGUAUGCACUCAAAGACUAAUGUAUAAUAUUAUAGUAAGAUGUUGUAUAUUCAUUUAUUUUGUGUUACAUAUUUCUGUUUUCAUGUAAAUUGCUAAUGUGAUAUAAAAUACCGGAACCUGGUGAUGUUUAAAAGAUUUUGUUUGUUUAUCAGAGGGAAAAUCAGAGGGAGAAGUCAUGUAAAUCCACAUGUUUGUUUCUGUGUUAAUGCAGGAAAAAUACAUGCAUCCAUUUUUUUCUACUUAUUCAAGUCACAGUGGGAGGUGGGGUAAACCCGGGACAGGUCACUAAUCAGUCUCAGCACUAACACGGAGACAGACAAACAUUGACACUCUCAGCCUGUUCAGGAUCACCAGUGGACCAAACCCCAUGCAGGUGUUUGGACUGUGGGAGGAACCCAUGUACCAAAAAGACAAGCCAGAGCUCUCACAGACAGGCUCCAGGCUGGAUUCAGUCUUGUUGCUGGGAAGCAACAGUGCUAGCUAACACCUCGAUAAUAGCCAGUACUGUCACAACCUGGCAACUUUGAGCCAUGACAAAAGGUGAACAUUCCUUUAGGGUAUGCAUGUGUGUGGAGAUGUGAGUGUUGUAAAUACAGUGAAUUACAAAUAGCAAUAGAAAAACAAGUGGAACACAGGGUGUGAGGGCAAACAGGUCCAUGUGAAGCAGGAAGGAAGAAGAAAGGGCCAAUACAGAGCCCAGAUAUUGCCUUUUGGCUCAAGCCACUAAAGCCCUGAAACACACGAAGGAAAGGUUUAAAGUAAGGGUGGUCAUAAUAUGUUCGAUUUAAAAUUACAGACCUGAAAACAGCUAAACUGCUAAAACAGAAACAGAAAAACAAGUUUGUCGGUUAAAACAUUUUGCCUUUGCCUUUCAUCACUCUCUUUAUUCUAAAAAUGCUGAAUUAUAGAUAUAAUUGAGAACAUAUACAUUCAGAAUUUUGAGCCAAUUGUUAGAAACCAUCACUGGCUGACAUCCCAAGGAGCCAGACUUUCGUGUUAUUUUUCCUUUUUUUUUUGGACAUUGGCUGCGUUUUCACUCAUUUUCAAUCCAGUCUCAUACUAAGAUAAAAAAUAAGGUCCUGAGAUGCAUCUGCCCU